CAAAUUUCGGCCCCGGGUCUCAGGAGAAUAAGAGCAUCAGUGGGCAUGAAACUUGAAUCCCCUACCCAAAGACUCUCAGUCCCGAUCGGCCGCCAUGUCGGGUUUUCUUCCGCAGAAGCGCCUAGCCUGUAUCCCCUGCACUAAAGCGAAGCGCGGCUGCAGCAAACAGGCGCCUUCGUGCCAGCGCUGUCUGGAGAAGAAUGUCAUCUGUCGCUAUCCCGCCCCGCGUAUCGCACCGCCGUACGAUCUCGUCUUUGCAGCAAAUGGCGCGGUGUCUGCAGUGCCGGCAUCGACGUCGUCAACAAGCGAGAGGAGCCUGAUUCCGAGUCCGGCGUCUCAUGCUGGUGAGGAGCAGCAGCAGCAGGUCCACACCCAGUCCCGCCAUCCAGUAACGGCGGAGGCUCUGCAGAAUCCAUGGUUUCUAUCCCCUUCGUCGUGGACCGUAGACCAUAAUACCAGUGCCAUCCCGUCCCAAAUUUCUUUUAGCGAUGAGGCACUCACAUACUUUAUCGACCUACUGCACACCUGGCUGAAGCAAUGGACUAAUGAAGGCCACUGUCCCUUUAUCCACCCCCAGCUUUGGAAGCUCCAUCUGCCAGACUGUAUCCAAGAUGCGUUCGCUUCGCUUGCAGCAUACCACUCCAGGACUCCCGCAACCGAAAAGAUGAUUAUGCGCAUUAUUGAGAGCCGCGUCAACAACCUAGUCGGGGGGCAGAAUCCCAGCGCCGAUGGAGAUUUUGGAGUCAUUAUGCUUGACCCUGCGUGCCAUCUUGCAAGGACUCAAGCUCUUUUGGUAUACAAAAUCAUCCGCCUAUUCGACGGCGACAUUCGCGCCCGCGCCCAGGCCGAAAAGCAUAUCGAUACUCUCUCUCUUUGGGCUCGACAGCUGUGGCAGAGCGCCGGCUUCGCCCUAUCCUCGGAGCAAGCCGACGCAUCGACUGAUCGUGGGAAUAGCAACGGGCCGGUUGACACGCAGCUACGAACAGAUGGCUCCAUUACGUCUACGUGGCAGGCGUGGAUAUUCUCCGAGUCUAUUCGGCGGACGUACCUGGCCGCGACUCUAACAGAGGCCGUGUACCUGACUCUAAAGCAGAGCUGGGCUCCUUGCCCCGGAGGCAUCAUGUUUUCAGGCGGCGCAGGCCUAUGGGAGGCGUCAUCGCCGCUCGCUUGGUUCAAUCAAUACCAGAAUAAUCUCGUCAAUAGCGUGCGCUGCAUAGAUGGGAAUCAAUUGUUUACCAGCGCCAGGCCGUCGGACGUGGAUGAGUUUUGUCAUGCCACGCUUAUUGUAUCAUAUGGACUUGAGAGGUUUGAACGGUGGUGUAACGAGAGCAUGUAAACGAGUUUUCUUUGUUUGAUAUAUUUCCCCUAAAUGUAUGAUUAGUUUUUUUCCUUCCAAGCGGCCUCCGUUUCGCAGUUCAUGUCGUUCAUGAUAGACCAAGCAGG